AACGAACGCACGCACCCUCUUCUCUCCGCCUCCCACAUCACGCGUUCUCGCGCUCGAUUCGAAUCCAACCGCAAAUCAAACGAAAGCGAAGCAAGAGGUCGCCGCGAUGGAGGACGCCACGGUCGAGGAGGCGGAGGUGAGCGGCGGGGCGGAGUUCGCGCCGGCUCUCGUGGCCGCCCACCCGCUCGGCUACUCCGUCGCCGUCGCCGUCGGGCCCGAGCUCCGGGUGUUCAAUCUCAAGGCUGGCAGUGCGGUUCCACUAUCAGACGAUUCUGGUGGCUGUUCUCAUUCAGAUGCUAUAAGAGCGAUUUCAUUUAGUGCAAAUGGUGUUUUAUUUGCAUCUGCUGGUGAUGACAAGCUUGUGAAGGUUUGGAAAACUGAUUCAUGGUGCUGCAUCCGGACCAUAACUUCUGAAAAGAGGGUCAGUGCAGUUGCUAUUAGCAAUGAUGGCCUAUAUGUAACUUUUGCAGAUAAAUUUGGCGUAGUUUGGUUAGUUUCCAUGGGGGAAACUGGUGGAGGGCAGGAGCCAACUGAUAAUAAACCUGUGUCAAUUCUUGGCCACUACUGCAGUAUUAUUACUAGCAUGAAAUUCUCACCAGAUGGACGAUUCAUUGCCACAGCUGACCGAGACUUUAAAAUCCGAAUUACAUUAUUCCCAAAAAAGCCUUUAAGAGGGGCUAAUGAGAUCCAAAGCUUUUGCCUAGGACAUACAGACUUUGUAUCGUGCAUUGCUUUCACAUGCCUUUCAGAAGGUCCAAGCUAUCUUUUAUCUGGAGGUGGCGAUUCUACUGUUCGUCUAUGGGACUACAUAAACGGGUGCCUCCUUGAUACAUGCCAAGUCCGAGACAAGGUGGGAGAAAUCUUAGAGCCAAAUGAAACUGAGGACAGGAAUCUAGCUGUUGCAGAUAUAUGUGCGACUAAUGAUGGUUCAUUGGUUGCUGUAGCCAUUCAGAGUUUAAAUGGAGUACUGCUUUUAGCAUGUGACCUCAUCGCAAAGAAGUUAUCUUUUCUAAAGGUGAUUGCAAUGGAGAAGUGCUAUAUUCCUACCAGCCUGUCUUCCAGCUUCUCAGCAGAUCUUCUAUGGACCAUCAUGGGCGCAUCAAAUAUGCCUAACCAGGCUACUUCUCAGUUAUUUACCCGCUUAAAAGUCAUCCCACACUUCAAAAAUGAUCUGCUAGCCUCGGCCGAUCAUGUUCCUUCAGUCCUGGAAGACAGUGAAGUGCCGCAUGGUGAGAAGCUUCUUCUGGCGCUGCAAGGAAGUCUUGACAUUGCGAAGCAAGAGGAGGUGUUAGCUUCAGUGCUAGCUGCGCUGAAAGUCUCAAUGCACAAGAUGCUAGUGAAGAAGCAGUACUCGGAAGAAAGGAGAGAGCAGAGGAAACGAGGCAGAAACGAUAAGAAGAUUAAAAAGUAGCUCAGCCUGCGGCUUCAACAAAACCGGCUCUUUGUUUCUGCGUUGUACCAUUAGAAGCUUAGGACACAAGAAGCAUAUCGGCAAUUGUAAGAGUAAAUCUAGCAGAUUCAAUUUCCUAUUAUCCAUAGGGCCAUGCCUGUUGUUUCAGUCGAGAUGCCCCCAGGUCUUGUUGUCUGCUUACCUGGAGCAGCUGUGAUCUGUGACCUGAAAUGUAACUGGGCCUAUAUUAACCUUGCUGCUUUCCAAUGAUAAUCGCACACUAUGGAAAGGAAUCGUUUUU